AUGGAUAAUCCAGACACCAUUGACAUUGAUGUAGAUGUGGCAGAUAAGUCAACUGAUUUGGCGCCGACUGAAGACAAGGCUAAACCCACAACACAAGCCAAAGCCACGCCCAAAAAGGUGGUCAAGCCCGAGGCAAGUAUACCGCGCGGUCAACCCAAAUCCAAUCGGCCCUGGAAGACGCCCAAGCAAAAAUUCAGCAACAUCAAGAAGACGGUGAACCGUCUCUCAUUUGAGAAGAAAGUGGCGCUGCGCAACGAGAUGCGCUACAUCAAGGAGAAAUCCAAAGAGAUCAAGGAUCAGCGUAAAGAAGCCGCCGUCCAGCGUCAUCAGCGACGCGUCGAGAACGCAGAGCGCCGGUUGGCCAAUGAGCGUCGCUCCGAAAUAGUCCAAGUCAUCAAGAAUCCGGCCAAGCUGAAGCGUAUGAAGAAGAAGCAGAUGCGCAUGAUCGAGAAACGGGAUCUUAGCCAAGUUAAAGUGGUCUAACUUCAGAAAUACCUUAGCUUACGUUUACUUAUUUUUUUGCACCCUAAAUAAAUCUAGUUUUGUAAUGUGAUGGAAACGUGACGUCUCUAUUGGAGGAGACAUCUGGCAUAUGUUUUUCUGAUCCAUAUGAUCGAGUAGACCAGUUAAUUAAGAUUAGAAAUGCCAGUCUAAAUUGCCUUCACAAUAAAUUCUUACUUAUAAGCAAGGCA